AUGAUCGUCGAUUUUUCGAUCACCGAUCACGAAAAUCCCACGGGGCCGAAGACGUGGAAGGAGCUAUCUAGUUUCAAUCGAUAUGUCGCCGAAUGGGAGAUCGAGAAAAGAAUUGAUGAAGCCCAUGACAAAAUGCUGAUCCACGACACUGUCAUCCAAAAGAAAGUCCAAAAGGACGACCAAGCCUACAAGGAGGAAGUCGACAAGAAGAAAGUCGACGAGAAGAAUUUGCGCAAAUACAUCGAGGGGAUCAAAGCAAAAUUGGAGAAGGGCCGCGAAUCUCGAAAGAGGAAGACAGCCAGGGAGGGAGAAGGAAAGAAUGAGAAGAAGGAGAAGAAGGAAGAUGGAGGAAAU